CUUGUGUUCGAAGUUAGUUCUAUGGAACACCAGCGGGAAGCUUCAGGUACUUUUAUUUUCAAGGUGAAUCACAAGUCCUGCUCCGGGUCUCACUGUCAAGAGAGAACAACUGAGGAGUUGAAGAGAAUUCAUGGGGUUGAUUCUGUCAGCUUCGAUGCGAAGGGAUUGGUAAAAGUUUCAGGUAAUUUAGAUUCGAAGAGAAUUGUGGGGAUGUUUGACGAAUGGGGCAAGGAAGCAGAGCUUUUGUCCUUCAGAAAGGACCUUGGUUUUCAAAGUUCACAGGGAGUCUGUACCUGUGCUAAGAAAUGCAAUACUGAUUCUUCUUUUGAGGAUGAUUCCGAUGAUGACCGUAAAAACACGAAGAAAGAUGUCCAAAUCCCCAUGGAAAAUCCCGAUUCUCCUGGAGAAAAACAGAGCAUGAAGAAAAGCAGGAACUUUUUUGGUUUUCUGGGUUGUUUGUUUCCCAAGAAAAAUGGAGCGACAAAGAUGAAUCCGAAACCAAAACCAAUGAUAAAAGGACCCCUCAGAUGGCGUCAUCCACUGCUAUACAUGUCUGAAUCACAGCGUUAUUCACCGUACGAACUUUACCCGCCAGUGCAGGGAAGGGGAUUGGCGCCUCCAUAUUAUCAGCCCUGGUUGAUGCGUCCACCGCUGCCGCCACCCUUACCUCCAUAUGGGAGGUUCAAUUACAGGACUCCGGGGAAACCUAAUCCCAUGAUCCACUUCAGCAGUUAUGCGGAUAAUUAUAGUUACUGGUGAAGUGUCUGAACAUGGUUGCCUUUUUUUUUUUUUCUUUUUAACAGACUGGUCUCUUUUUUUUAAUGAAAAGACUCAGUCUUUUUGACCUUUGUGUUUUCAUUUACAAAGGGCUUAAUAAUAAAAGGAAUGCAGUUGU